AUGUGUGGGCUGAGUCAGGAGGAGACGUUUGAUACUGCUGUUGUGUGUAAUGGCCACGACUCACAGCCCAAGACUCGUCGUUCGCCAUUCGUCGAGUUCACAGUAGCGAUCUAUUCGUCGAAGGGUGGAAUUAGCUCAGCAUCACCCGAUGCCAGCAGUGUCGACAACUGGUGUGUGAAGGCCAUAAGGAGAAAGAUUGCUGGUACUGGACGCAUGAGGUACCUCUGCCACGUUCUCCACAAAUUCAAGACCAACUUAAGAGAAGGCUCUCAAGCUGCACCCAGGAAGAAGGGAGCAGCUGCUUCAGCUUGA